GGGGCAAGAAAUUGCGCGAAAUAACACUCGUCUCUCCGUUCAGUAGUUUAGAAUCGGGAUAGCUUAUUGCAACGAUCAUUACAGGUGGAUGUGCACGCAGUAGUUUGAGACGGGAUUCGCAUGUACUACUGCGUGUGUUUCGUAGAAACCUUCACUGACCGGUACUUUUCUCUGGGCAUGGGAGCGACUGGAACGAAAGACAAUUCAGAGCCGUCUUUGUUGUCCGCGGCUAUUUCGUAAGCACAGCUGCCUGACAGGUGGUGUCGUUGAGAUAUCCAUUUUCAUCAAAGUUGGCGAAGCCCUUUCGGAAACAAAUAAAGGAAUAAAGGAGCGCGGCAGCUUUGAGAACACCGCCAGCAGGCGCUCCGGACAUGUACGUGGAAAGACCUACAUUCGCUCUGUAACGUGAUAGGACGACGACAACGUCAUCUCCACGUCUCGUCGCAGAUGCUUAUUGCUUCCGCUCACACUGAAAUCAGUAGUGUUGGGAGUCGGCAGUGGAUCUGAUACGGAAGUAGCGUCUGUACUAUUUUUUUUUUUUUUUGUAUCUGUGCGUGUGAGCCACCGUGUGAUUACGUUAGAAGACUCACACAUGUAUCGUCGGCGAUUCAUGAGAGAGGCGCCUGCAGAAACCCGCUGCAAUUGGCUGCUGCGCUGUACUGCGUUUCUCGCUUGCACGUGGGUCGUCAGCGCACACGUCGACUCGACUUUCCACACCGCUCCGAAACCGUCCAGCGCAGCCGCGGCUGAGCUGCACCACAAAUGGUCCACUGCGGACGUGGUUCGGGAUCUUCAGCACAUUAAAGAAGACGUGGCGAAAAUAAUCCAACUUCAGAGUACGGGAGAGCUGUCCACAGAAGAAAUGUACUUUUAUUAUUUUAGGAUGCACGAUUUUGACGACAACAAUUUGCUGGACGGCCACGAGCUGAAAGCCGCCAUGUUGCACACCCUCGCCCACCGGCCUGGCGCUGAGGAGCAGUCAGUGCCCGAAGAAUCGAUCGCAAGUUACGUGGACGCCGCUUUGAAGUCGGACGCAAAUCACGACGGCUUCAUUUCGUACCCGGAAAUAAGAGCGGCUAUGUAAUCAUUUGUGCACGUUGUUCACUUACGCAUUCACUGAAGCAUCGUCAUUUGCUAGCAACGUCAAUAAAAGCCCCAUCUCACCUUUGA